AGAUAGAGAGGCUGUUUCCGGAAGACCCUCGGCUAUUACACAUAAAUGUUCAUGGGAUAAUAUUUUUUGCUUACUUACCAAUCACUAGAAAUAAGUAAGAAACCAACUUGUUUUCCAAGAAAACAUUCUCCUUCCUGCCAAACACACCGUACAUCUUUUUAGAUUGGCGCAAUCGGCACCUAACUUUUUCUUAAAAGCACUUCUCAUUGUUGGUCAAACAAAGUAGAGACGGGAAUCGAGCCUAGGUACAACCGAUUUCUAUUGAAUUAGCCCCAAUUUCUAUAAUAAUGCGUGUCACAAUCGUUAAUGAGGAUCCUAUAAUCAUGGAUGACCAUGAUCAGAGCGAAGGUGAAAGGGCUCAUUCUCCUGUUAAGAGGCGCGGUUCAAGAAAAAGAGCUCGUCCAGAUCUCUAUGUUCCCACCCAUUCACACCCUUCUCCACGACCGCACGGCCGAGGUUUACUAUGGGGCUGGGGUCGCCCUCAAAAACAACAUUCAGUUGAAAGUCCAGCCUCGCAAUCUUUACGACGUGGCCCAGGUCGCCCUCCGAAACAGAGAUCAGAUGUUACAGAAGCUCCAGCAGUUUCACCACCUCUAGCAUCACCAUUGGGGUCGACCGGGGAUAGUCCAUUAGCUUCUUUGACCACAAAUACUCCAGAGCCAGUUGCCUCAACUCCAUUGGGGUCGACCAGAGAUAGUUCAUUAGUUUCGGCGACUGCAAAUAAUCUAGAGGCAGCUGCCUCAACUCCAUUGGGGUCGAUUGGAGAUACUCCAUUAAUUUCGGCGACUGGGAAUACUCCAGAGGCUGUUGCCCCAACUUCACUGGGGUCAACCAGUGAUAGGCCUUUGGAAGUUCCCUCUGACGAAGAGGAAACAAAGUUAAAUGUAAAGUCGUCUAGAGUACUGAUGCAUCCCCCAAACGCAAAUUAUAGACCCCAGAUUCCAGAUGAAGAAUCGAAGAAAGUGAUUCUUGGAGUCGGGUCUUUAUUGGUGAAGAAGCUGCUUACUUCUGAGAACGAUGUUGGUUACAUGGUCCAUCAGGCCAAUGCUACCUUUACUUGUUUGAAAGCGCUUGAUGUUGAUUAUGCCUCUUUUUACAGAGAAGUUACAGAAUACAUUUCUCAUCGCUGCAAUUUGCUAGACGCACAGAGAGAAGAAAGCAUGUUGUCUUUACCAGCAUUGCAGGAAAAUUAUGAAAAUGCUAAAAGUACUGCAAUUGAUGUUGAGGAGGAUUUUGGUCGUACUCAAGAAGAAUGGGAGAAGGCCAAGGAGAAAGAGGAAACUUUGAAGAGGCAAAUCGAGGAUCUGAAGCAAGAGCUAGCACAGAUCGAACAUAAAAAGGAGAGUCUGAAAGAAGCCCAUGAAGUUGCAAAAGCCAAGGAGCAAGAAAUUGGCACCCAGUUGGAGGCAGCUCAAGCAACGCAAACGGAAAUCCAGCAGCGCAAAGAUGUAGCUCUCGUAGGGAUUGAAUCCGCCACCCAACGCCUAAAGUCCACAUAUCAUGUUUGAUUUCGAGUAGUUGGAUAUUUGAUAACUCAUGAAAUGAGCUCCCUACAAGGUGAACUGAAAGUCCUCAUGACUACCUUGAACUGUUUUGGGGUUUCAUCUUUUCUAGCAGCAGACUGGUUGUUUUUUCAUUGAGUUAUCCGCAUAUAGUAGAUUCUCCUUAAAGUUAUUGUCAUGCUUCCAGUCUUUUAGCAUGUACAAUCUUAACUUGCAGCAUCAGAUUGUUUUUUUAUUUCAGUUUCAUGUCAACUUUUUUUCUAGCAUGAGAAUAAAAUAUGGCUCUUUAAACGAACGAUUAAUUACAGGAAUAGACUCCUGUAGUUUAUGGGGUGAAUUAGUAUUGGUUGCAGAAAGAUAAAGCUGUCUUGCAAUUCAUAGCUGUAAUAACCUCUGCUUAUUUAUAACUAAGAAACUACAAAAAAUCCAUUUAUAUUUAAGAAACAUGCAAUAAUGUGUGGCAGGGAUACCUCGAUUUUGUUAACAGGAAACAAAGUUUCCAAUUGUCCGAAGAAGACUCUUCUCAGCAUGGUGCCUAAGUAGUUACAUCGGAUUAGGUUAAUAAUGUCUUCAAAAGGUGUGUGUGUCUAUGUUGUAAUUGUAUUAGACAUCGAAAAGAUAUCAGUUUCAGUUAUCACUCCAGUAUGUAGGUAAGUGUGUUUUGCUAAACAUAUGUGGACUCUCUAUCUAGCCUCUGUAUCAGUUGUAACAUUAUAUUCAAGAGCAAGACUGUAAUACCUAUGUUGGUGGGAGGUAGCAGCUACAUACCCCAUCAGGUGCGUGCAAGUUGACCUUGACACCACGAUUAUUAAAAAAAAUAUAGAGCACAACUUUGGGGUUUUUGUUGGAGAAUAUUUUGAUGUAUUGAUGACAUUUUCAUCUACUUGCAGAUUAGCUACUAUUUCCAGUUUCAUUUCAAAUCUACUUACAGCUUUGUGCAUAGCUUAUUUGAGGAAAUAUGAAAAACUUGACCCUUUGAUGUGAUCACCACCGUUGAAUGUUUCCUCACAAGUCUAAAGAUAAUUAUUUACUAAUAGAGAUGAAAAACUCUGAAUUUUCCAUUUGUAUCCAUUUGCCAAAAUCUGAGUUUAAUCUUUUUUUGGUUUUUUUUUUUCCUUCUCAGGUACACACAGUAGCGAUCAACUGAAGUUAAAGCCAUUCCUUUUACCAAUUAGCAUUUAUGAAGAAAUUAAUUUCUGAUUACCUAAUAUAAGUGAUUUGGUUGUGUAGGCAUAUA